GUUGGAUCAUGAGCUCCUGCUGCUCUCUCUCUCUGAAUGAAGAUUGAGUGUUACCCCAGACUGCACCAACCUCUGCUUUCACAGGAGGAUUUACCUGCAUAUCUUGAACUAAUUGCCUCAGCCAGCUUGACUCAUUGGGACUGGAAUUUUAUCGAUCUUUUGAGUGGAGAAGGAGGAUUGUCCCGCCUGCUUCCAGAGAUCUGACUGGUAAAGCACUGAGAUGCCGCUGUUCGAGGGUGGAGGGAGCUUUACCGGAGCGGAGAGUUAGCCAGCCGGCCCCCCGCAGCAGAGUGGGACGUCAGAGGGAGCGUCGAACCUGGAGGGAGGCCGCGCCGUGGGGAAACCGUGGAAGUGUGGGGAAUGCGGGAAGGGGUUUCGAGUCCCCUCUGAGCUGGAGAUGCACCGGCGCGGUCACACCGGGGACAGGCCGUUCUCCUGCCCCGAGUCCGGCAAGGCCUUCAUUGGGUCCUCCAAGCUGCUGAGGCACCGGCGGGUCCACACCGGGGACAGGCCGUACCCCUGCCCCGAGUGUGGCAAGGCCCUUCACCCAGCUGUCCCACCUGCAGACGCACCGGCGCCUCCACACACCAGGGAGAGGCCUCUCACCUGCCCCGGGGGCGGCAAGGCCUUCAAUCGAUCGCCGACCCUGCGGACGCACAGGCGCCUUCCCAACGUGACCGCACGGAGUUGAAGUCUGCAGCGAAUCCCACCCAGGACUGGGGGGGGAUCG